GUGACAAUACUAGAACCUUCCAGCACAUCGAUUGAAUUCUCUGCGUCUCUCUCUUCCGCCAUUGGAGUCGGUUGAGCUAGCGCAUCAAAACACAAUCAACAGAGAGGCACCUGGAAACCCCUUUCAUCGAAGCAUUUGCUACUAAGCCGAUUAGGGUUUUCUGCGGUUCCGAUUCAAUUUCCUCCGAUUUCUACUUCCUUUGCGACGAGGGAUUAUAGUAGCUAGAAAAUGCAGAGAGGCAGAGGUGGACCAGGUGGGAGGGGUUCUUUCUCCGACUUCAAUGACCCGUUUUCCGGUUUUGGGGGCUUUGGGGGAUUAGGGGGUCAGAGGAGUUUGAUUUCUGACUUUUUUGGAGGAAGGGAUCCUUUUGAUGACCCGUUCUUCACUCGCCCAUUUGGAGGUAUGUCCCCGUUUGGAGGUAUGUCUCCAUUUGGAGGUAUGUCUCCUUUUGGAGGUAUGCCCCCAUUUGGAGGUAUGUCUCCUUUUGGUCCCAGUGGUGCCAAUUUUCCGGAUAUGCAGCCAAAUGGGUUUAUUGAGCAUCAGGCUCCAGAGCCCAAGAGAUCACGGGGCCCUAUCAUUGAGGAGAUAAACUCUGAUAAUGAAGACGAAGAUGCUAACAAUGAGAAAAAGGAAAAUCCUCGAAAGCGCAGUGGACCGAGCAAUGAACCUUACGUUGAGGAUCCUGAUGAUGAAGUUGAAGAGAGGAGCAGCAAGCAAUUGCAGCAUAGGGACAGCUACAGCCAGUCUAAUUCUAUGCAAGCGCAGCCUCAAGCUCACAGCUACACGUUUCAGAGCUCCACCGUCACUUGUGGUGGUGCUAAUGGCACAUAUUAUACAUCCUCCAAGACAAGGAGGAUGGGGAGUGAUGGGCUGGCUUUUGAAGAAAGCAAGGAAGCUGAUAGUACUUCUAGGCAAGCAACUCACAGGGUAUCAAGAGGGCUCCACAAUAAGGGCCAUUCAGUUACGAGGAAGCUCAAAACAGAUGGUAAGGUGGAUACAAUGCAGACCUUGCACAAUCUUAAUGAAGAUGAGCUUUCCGGGUUUGAAGAUGCUUGGAAAGGAACUGCUAAGAAACAUUUGCCUGGAUUGGCUGAUAAAUUUGGUGGUUAUGAAAAUAUAGGAGCCGGCAGCAGCGGAAAUGGGCAGGCCGGUCGGGAAGGUUGGGCGCUUCCAUCCAAUGAGCGUGUACAGAACCCCGGCAAUAUGAUUCAAGAUGCUAGAGACAAGGCAGGAGGAUCUUCUCACUCAAACCAGUCUGGUAGUAGGAUGAGAGCAGAUGUUAAGGACAAGAGUGGCUAUUCCCGUGGGAGAGGAAGAGCGUAGAUUCGAGCUAGCACAAUGAGAGCCUAAUAUGCCAUCGGUCCCAUUGGUCUCGCGCUUAACUGCAUAAUAGCGUAGUGUUUUGUUGCAUAUUGUGGUCAUGGCCGAAGAACAUCGGGUGUUGGUAGCGUGCAUUUGUAUACGGUUGAGUUUUAAUUGAUGCUAUGUGAGAUGGAUAUGGUUAUGUAGUCUUAAUCGAGUCUUAUCUGAUACCCUUGAAUCUUUGAUUAAGGUGGUUCCUUAGUUCAUUGAUAAUGGAGAAUAAACAUUCACG